UAACAAGAUUAUGGAUUGGAGAUAUUAUAAAUGGGGUCUCUCCGUUGGCAUUUAUCAGUAAUAUGGCAUCCCUGAGCACACUAAUAUUGAGGAACUGCAAGAUAUCUAGUGAUCUCGGAGCAGUAGAAUUUUCCAUGUUUAAACAGUUAAAAUUGCUUCAUGUGGCACAGGGACUUGAGUUUUAACAAUAUCACAGGAGAAGUUCCUCAAUCCAUCUUGAAUUUGGGAAAUCUCAAUUCUUUGUUUCUUGGGAACAAUAGCCUUACAGGAAAGUUGCCGGAUGGUAUAAGCUCUUCAUUAAAAGUGAUAGAUUUUUCGUACAACCAACUCACUGGGAGCAUUCCUUCUUGGGCUAGACAAAACAAUUUACAGUUGAAUUUGGUGGCAAACAACUUCUUACUCGAUACCACCAGUGAAAGUACGCUACCUUGGGGAAUAAACUGCCUCCAACAAGACACCCCUUGUUUCCGUGGAUCUCCAGAAUAUUAUUCCUUCGCAGUUGACUGUGGCAGUAAUGCAUCCAUAAGAGGCUCAGAUGACACUAUUUAUGAAGCAGAUCCUACAAAUCUUGGAGCUGCAACAUAUUAUGUUACCGGUCAAACAAGAUGGGGUGUCAGUAGUGUAGGGAACGCCAUAGAUGCAAAGAAUAUUAUAUAUAGCUCCCAACCUUUUCAAAAUGUAGUUGAUUCAGAGUUGUUUGAAACUGCAAGGAUGUCAUCAUCAUCUCUGAGGUACUAUGGACUUGGACUUGAGAAUGGAAAUUACACUGUUUUGCUCCAAUUCGCAGAAUUAGCUUUUCCAGACUCACAGACUUGGCUAAGCUUAGGGAGAAGAGUUUUUGACAUAUAUAUCCAGGGUGCUCUAAAACAAAAGGAUUUCGAUAUAAGGAAAACAGCAGGUGGAAAAUCUUUUACCGUAGUUAAUAGGAGUUUCAUGGUAACUGUGUCUAAAAACUUCCUUGAGAUCCAUCUAUUCUGGGCUGGCAAGGGCACUGUUGACAUACCUACUAAAGAUAAUUACUAUGGGCCAAUGAUCUCAGCAUUGAGCGUCACUCCAAAUUUUACUCCUACCGUUCGAAACGGCAUACCAAAAAGGAAAAGUAAAGCAGGUGCAAUUUCCGGAAUAUUGAUUGGUGCAAUAGUUUUAGUAUUAGCAGCAUUAUUUGGAGUGUUUACACUAGUAAAGAAGCGGAGAGCAUUGGCACAACAGAAAGAAGAACUAUACAACCUGGUUGGACGACCUGACGUUUUUAGUUAUGCUGAGCUAAAGCUAGCCACAGACAAUUUCAGUUCUCAAAAUAUUCUAGGCGAAGGUGGAUUCGGGCCAGUGUAUAAGGGUAAGCUACCUGAUGAAAGAGUUAUAGCUGUGAAGCAACUUUCACAAUCAUCUCAUCAGGGAACAAGCCAGUUUGUGACAGAGGUUGCGACAAUUUCCGCUGUGCAACAUCGAAAUCUUGUGAUAUUGCAUGGAUGCUGCAUUGAUAGUAAAACACCCUUGUUGGUUUAUGAGUACCUUGAAAAUGGAAGCUUAGAUCGAGCAAUCUUUGGUGACAGUAACUUAAACCUAGACUGGGUAAUGCGCUUCGAGAUCAUUUUAGGAAUAGCAAGAGGGCUAACUUAUCUUCAUGAGGAGUCAAGUGUACGCAUUGUGCAUAGGGACAUCAAAGCUAGUAAUGUUCUACUUGACACUAAUCUCAUCCCAAAGAUCUCGGACUUUGGACUUGCCAAACUCUACGAUGAGAAUCAAACUCAUGUGAGCACUAGAAUUGCAGGCACAUUGGGCUAUCUAGCUCCUGAGUAUGCAAUGAGAGGCCAUUUGUCAGAAAAGGCUGAUAUUUUUGCAUUCGGAGUGGUCAUGUUGGAGACUGUCGCUGGGAGACCAAACACCGACAACUCCCUCGAGGAAAGCAAGAUCUGUCUCCUUGAAUGGGCAUGGGGCCUGUAUGAAAUGGAUCAAGCACUUGGAAUUGUUGACCCAAGUCUCAAGGAAUUUGACAAGGAUGAAGCUUUUAGAGUCAUAUAUGUUGCACUUGUCUGCACUCAGGGCUCUCCGCACCAGCGACCGCCAAUGUCGAAGGUCGUGACAAUGUUGACUGGAGAUGUCGAUGUGGCUAAGGUGGUCACCAAGCCAAGCUACAUCACUGAGUGGCAGCUUAGGGGUGGUGGGUACAGCAGCAACACCACUAGCAGCUACGCAUGGUCUAGCAACCCUGAGUUGAGUAGGCAAAAAGAGAUCACUGAAGUUUCUCUCCAGGUGAGGUGAAUUUAAUGUAGAAAAUCUAUGGGCCAUCUAUAUUGGUUUGAAAUGACGAUAUUGUAACUCCUUUUUUUUACAUAAUUUUGUAAUUUUGUGUCGAUGUGAGUUAUUGCAAACAAUGGAAUUACUUAUCCUGAAUCUUUCCUGGUAACAAAAGUUUGCUCCUAAUAAUUUGUAAAUGGUGAAUAACUGUGGUGUAUUCACUACUCAAAAAAAAAAGUUAAUAGAUAACCUUUUAUCUGUAA